UAGAUUUUCAUUCUGGAGAAGACAUCACUUCCAUGAUACCUUGACUUAGUCCACUGAAAAUGAAGCAAGAUUCUACUAGAAACACUGCUUACACUGUGGAUUGUGAAGAUUAUGUGCAUGUGGUAAAAUUCAAUCCAUUUGAUAGUGGAGAUGCAUGUUCCCUCAUUGCAUAUGGUGGCAGUAAUUACGUAGUUGUUGGGACGUGCAGAUUUCAGGAGGAGGAUGCGGAAGUGGAAGGCAUGCAAUAUAAGACACUAAGAACGUUUCAUCAUGGAAUCCGAGUUGAUGCCAUAGCAUGGAGUCCAGAAACUAGACUUGAUGCUUUACCUCCCCAGAUAAGGUUUUGUACUGCGGCUUCUGAUAGGAAGUUAAGACUAUUUACUUCAGACCUGCAAGACAAGAAUGAAUUUAAGGCAUUUGAUGGCCACUCAGAUUACAUUAAUGAUCUGGUGUUUUCUCCCAAAGAAGGUCAAGAAGUUGCAAGUGUAAGUGAUGAUCACACCUGCAGGGUCUGGGAUUUGGAAGGAAAUGAGAAGGCCCAUUUUGUUUUACGUUCUCCUGGAAUGAGUGUUUGCUGGCAUCCUGAGGAGGCAUUUAAGCUGAUGGUAGCGGAGAAGAAUGGAACAAUACGAUUCUAUGAUCUAAUUACACAGCAGGCCAUUCUCUCCCUAGAGUGUGAACAAACGCCACUGAUGUCAGCAGACUGGUGUUUAAAAAACACUCUUAAAAUUGGAGCAGUUGCUGGAAGUGAUUGGCUGAUCUGGGAUAUCACUCGCUCCAGUUAUCCACAGGAUAAGAGACCUGUCCAUCUUGAUCGAGCCAGAUUAUUCAGGUGGUCCCGAGUGAAUGAAAAUCUGUUUGCAACCACUGGAUAUCCAGGAAAGACAACUACUCAACUGCUUGUUCAUCAUUUAGGACAUCCCCAGCCCAUUCUUACUGGCACUGCAGCUGUAGGAUCUGGUUUGACAUGGCAUAGAAGUCUUCCAUUAUGUGCAGUUGGAGGAGAUCAUAAAAUUUUCUUCUGGGUAACUGAAAUGUAAAAUAAGCAUUUGCCUUCAGUAUGAAACUUUACAGCAUAAUGUCUCUUUCCUAGUAAAAUGAAGGAAUUUACUCUUUGUACUGGUAUAUAUUCACUUGGAGAACAUAAGAAAGGAACAAGUAAAAUAUGAAAUAUUUGUGUUUGAUUUUUAGCUUGCAAAUAAAAAGAGCGUUUGUAAAAUCAA